CCAGUCCCGGCUCCCGGAAGAGACGGCCCCCCGGAGUCAGUGCAGUCCUGCACUUCCGCUUUCCGGCCUAGCCAGACCCAGCAAUGACUGCCACUCUCCGCCCCUACCUUAGUGCCGUGCGGGCCACGCUGCAGGCUGCACUGUGCCUGGAGAAUUUUUCCUCCCAAGUUGUGGAGAGGCACAACAAGCCAGAGGUAGAAGUCAGGAGUAGCAAAGAACUCCUGUUACAACCUGUGACCAUCAGCAGGAAUGAGAAGGAAAAGGUUCUGAUCGAGGGUUCUAUCAACUCUGUUAGAGUCAGCAUUGCAGUGAAACAGGCUGAUGAGAUUGAGAAGAUCCUUUGCCACAAAUUCAUGCGCUUCAUGAUGAUGAGAGCAGAGAACUUCUUCAUCUUGCGUAGGAAGCCUGUGGAGGGUUAUGAUAUCAGUUUCCUGAUUACAAACUUCCACACAGAGCAAAUGUACAAACACAAACUGGUGGACUUUGUGAUCCACUUCAUGGAGGAGAUUGAUAAGGAGAUCAGUGAAAUGAAGCUGUCGGUCAAUGCUCGAGCUCGUAUUGUGGCAGAGGAGUUCCUCAAGAAUUUCUAGAGCAUCUGACUGGAUCUCUGGCUGCUCCCUCCUCAUCCUCUCUCCUCUCUCUGCAAAGUUGCCCUGGCGGAGCUCAAGAAUCCUGGGGCAAGGGGAGGGACAGGGCUUGGGGAUGAAGGGCACAGGCUGGAGAGCUUGCUAUUGGAAAGAAAACAGCAGUAGACCUGCAAGGCCAUACCCAGUGGGUCAGCCUGGCCAUCAAUAUUUAGUCCCCUGGGCUGGGACAGGUUUUUUUUUAAUGUCUUGAAAUUUAAAACUCUGUGCUUGUAGGACACUGUAACCUUUUGUCUUUUUUUAAACCAACUUAACCACCUCCAGUUACUUUACUGGUCGCUGUGGGUCUGGGCGGGCCUGGAGCCAAAAGGUGACUGUGGCCUUUUCACCCUCCCCCAUCUCCCCCCCAAAAUGUGCAGGGAAGAGAGGUUUCAGGCUACAGUUCUUUUUUUCCCUUUCUCCCCAGGGCCUCAAAAAGCCAUAGGGGCUGCUUCUUGGCUUUCUGAGAUCUGCCUGAGGGGCUGCUGUCAUAAGAUAGCUUGAGGUAGGGGUAAAGCUAGGUAAGACAGUCCCUAAUUGUGCCCAGGAGCCCUCAGGAGCUGGAGCCUAAGACCCAGGCAGGUUCUGGAGGGGAGGAGAGCCUCUGUUCAGACCUGCUUCUUGGGGGUCCGUUACUGUCCAUGCUAGAGGUGGUGAAUCCUUCCUUAGUAGUUGUCCCUGCCAAUCAGUGUACCCAUCCCUUUGCCUGUCCUGGAUUCUUCUGCUCUUGCACUCCGUGUGACUUUUCUUAAUCUGGUGACCACACCCCAUUAAAAUCUUUUCCUGCCCUCUGAGGGGCUGCA